AGCCGCCGGGCAAGAUGGUCAGCUCCGGAGGCGGGGCCUUCCGCGCAGGCUGGCGGAAGGAGCUCCCCCGCGACCGCGGGGUGGAACGGAGUAGAUUUUUGCUAGGCGGCAGCCGCAGAAACAAGGGGCUGUAGAGUGGUGAGUGCUUCCCGAGCGCUUCGGCAGGGCGGCCUGGACUCCUGCGGGCCCGCGAAAGCUGUUCCUCGCCUUGGCCACGCACCUCCCUUUCCUGCCCAGAUCUAGACGAGCGCCGGCACCAUGUCGGCCUACCCCAAAAGCUAUAACCCGUUCGACGACGACGACGCAGAGAAUGAGGACUCCCGGCCGGUCCCGUGGAAGGACGACCGGGACCUCCCCGACGGACUCGGCGCACCCGCAGACAGGCAGCAGUACUUGCGGCAGGAAGUGAUGCGCAGGGCCGAGGCCACGGCCGCCAGCACCAACAGGUCCCUAUCCCUCAUGUACGAGUCCGAGAAGAUCGGCGUCGCCUCUUCUGAGGAGCUCAUCCGUCAGCGAGGUGUCCUAGAACGCACAGAGAAGAUGGUGGACAAGAUGGAUCAAGAUUUGAAGACCAGCCAGAAGCACAUUAACAGCAUUAAGAGCAUGUUUGGGGGGCUUGUCAAUUACUUCAAAUCCAAACCAGCAGAGACGCCACCCGAACAGAAUGGAACCCUCCCUCCCCAGGCCAAUAGCAGAUUGAAAGAAGCCAUAAGUACCAGUAAGGAACAGGAGGCACAUUACCAGGCCAGCCAUCCAAACCUCAGGAAGGUGAAUGAUUCAGACUCCAUCCCUGGAGGGACUGGUCCUGCUGCAAGUACUGAGGCUUACCCAAAGAACCCACACCUUCGAGCCUAUCACCAGAAGAUUGACAGUAAUCUAGAGAACAAAGGGAAACAUGGAGCCUCCAGAAUCUUCGCACAUGAUGAUUAUGAUCAAAAAGAACAUUCUACCCGCUGGACUAGACACACGUAUCUCAUGGAGGCGCUCCAUGGUGCCCAGGCCAGAGUUGGCUGUGGUUGGGCUUUGAUACCACACACUGACCAACGAACUCACACUUCUUACCAGAUGGAGUCUAUAGGACAGGUUCUUAUUUCCACAGUCAAUCUGGAAACAAACUGUGCCUUCAAAAAAGUGGCUUUUCUAACUUUAGCUUGGUUAUAUGUUUAAGUGUGGUACUAACUUAAAAAUAAGUGCAUUCUCUUCAAAGGAAACAGUUUCUAAAAUCUAAUGAUCUAUAACUUAACACCAGUGGAGCUGCCUUGUCUUUUCUGCGCUCUGUAGGAAAGGAGACCUGAAUUUAACUCAGGUGGCAAGAAAAAAUUCAUUAAGUGCAUUUUUAUUUCUCUUUCUCUAACUUCUGUUUGUGAAUAUGUAAUUAUAAGGGUAUGUUAUACCAAUUUAGUAAAAAAAGAAAAACUCUUACACUUUGCCUUUAUCAGGAUUUUCUCAGAAUUUGUAAAGUUACCACUGUUGUUAGCAUCUUCAGCUCUGAUGAAGAAAUGUCUUACGUGGAGAAUGAUAAGCCAGUCAUUAAAAGUGCUUGAGGGGUGGAGGGGAGGCUCUUUGUUCAGAGUCUGUAUCAAAACAGCCCCUAAGCUCCAUGCCUUCAACUCAACAAAUGACCAUAUUCUGGAAAAUAAAAUGUGAAGAUUUUAAAAUCGGA